GUGAACUUUAGUGGUGGAGUAGAUAUGUUUAAUUUGAGAGACUGGAAUUUACCGUUGUGUUGAGGAAUGCUGCUGGAACUGUAGUUGGUGGAGCUAACGGUGUGUUCUGGAAGCGCUUAUGGAACUUCAGGUAGUGUGUGGAUUGCUCUACUGCUUUCUGCUGCCGACAUUCUUAUUAGCAGCCUGCCUGUUUCGCUACAAUGCUCUGUCGCUCAUCUAUCUUCUGUACCUGCUGCUGUUGCCAUGGUUUCCAUGGCCCAACAAAUACACACUACAAGGGCGCACUGGACGAUUAAUCAAGGCCCUCUUCAGCACCAGCUUGCUCUUCUUGUUGGCUCAUGUGACAUUCCAGAUCUGCCUGUACACCAUACCGGGACUAAACAAUGAGCUGGGAAACAACUGCAGCUCAUGGGAGACCUUAUCAAGACACAUUGGAGUGUCCAGACUGCCACUGGAGGACACCUGGACCAUGCUCCGUCUCCUGGCCCCUGACAUCGGCAUCUUCAUUAUCUCACUGGUGACCCUGGUGCUCUGUAAUCAGCUGCUGAAGAAGAGAGACAAUGAACCAGACAAGUCUCAGACUGAGGACUCUGAGCCCACAGAGGAGGCAGAGGAGGGCGCAGAAGAGGAAGAGGAGGAGAGAGAGGAGGGCCAGUCAUCCUCCAGUGAUCCAGAGGAAGAUAAUUCUACAGCUAACCGUGCAGCCCUGUUGGCAGCCCGGCUCAGAGCCACAGCACAGAGGUUCCUGAGAGACCUGGGGAGGGUUCUUACCAUCAUUCUGCUGGCACUAGCUGCAAUUACAUUACCCUCAGUCUUCUCUGGAGUUUACUACCUACUGUUCAUUGGAGUGUGCACCUGGUGGGCAUGCCACUUUCCCAUCAGCCUGCUUGGCUUCAAUGCAUUCUGUGUGAUGGUGGGAGUCUUCACAGCAGGACACCUAGUCUGUCUAUACCUGUAUCAGAGUCCUUACGCCCAGGAAAUCUUUCCCCCAGCUGGUCUGUGGGCCAGACUCUUUGGUCUCAAGGAUAUCAUCAAGACUGGCAACUGCUCCUCUUCCUAUGACCUCAUCCUCAACACAGAACAGGAUUGGCCAGUGUAUGUCAACCCUGGUAUCCUGUUACUUCUCUACAUCUCAGUGGCAGCUGUCCUUAAAAUGGGUAGCCAUUUUUCCUUUGAAAAGCAUAAGGAGGAAGCACAGCUCAGUGAUGGGAAUGGACUGGAGUUAACAGCAUGGGAAUCAAAGAGGGAGGGCAGUGGUGAUGAUACCAAGCAAAUGCUGAUCUCAACCACGGAAUCACCAGAAUGUGAAUCUGAGAAGUCCGCAGGUCAUGAGAUCAACUGUUCCAGACACCAGGAUCAAGUAGAACUCAGUAGUCCCCCUGAUGGACAGGAUGGGGACAACCCUCUUCAUAUUGUGGGUCGAAUGGUCAUGCAGCAGAGCUAUGUGUGUGCUCUCAUUGCAAUGAUGGUGUGGAGUAUCACCUACCACAGUUGGCUUACCUUCGUGUUGCUUCUGUGGGCAUGUUUGAUUUGGAUGGUGCGGGCACGACGGCAUUUUGCCACUCUGUGUUCGCCCUUCAUUCUGCUGUAUGGCCUAUCACUCUGCAGCCUGCAAUAUAUCUGGGCCAUGGACCUGGAGCCUGAGCUUCCCCAGUACUGGGGGACCAUGAGCCUCAGGCAACUGGGUCUGGACCGGGCCCCCUACCCAUGUCUGCGCCUGGGAGCUAUGUUGCUCUUUACUCUAACCUUCUGGCUGCUGCUGCGACAGUCAGUGAAAGACAAUUUCAGCAAGAAGAAGAGUGUUACUGUCCCACUAUUGGAGGUCACCACUGGAGAGAGCAGCAAGCAGAAGGAGUCAGUUCUGAGGGUUCUGGGUGGGAUGGUUAUGAGCCUCUACGCUAAGUACUGGAUCUACGUGUGUGCUGGGAUGUUCAUCAUGGUCAGCUUUGCUGGCAAGCUGGUGGGCUACAAGAUUGUCUACAUGCUCCUGUUCCUGCUCUGCCUCUGUCUCUACCAGGUGUACUACAACCUGUGGAGGAGGCUGCUGAAGGCCUUCUGGUGGUUAGUGGUGGCCUACACCAUGCUGGUUCUCAUCACCAUCUAUACUUUCCAGUUUGAGGAUUUCCCUGGGUACUGGAAGAACUUCACUGGUUUCACAGAACAGCAGUUAGCUGACAUCGGAUUGGAGACGUUCAAGCUGUCAGAGCUCUUCAGCAGCAUCCUCAUCCCCGGCUUCUUCCUGCUGGCUUGCAUACUGCAACUGCACUACUUCCACCGGCCCUUCAUGAAGAUCACUGACCUGGAGCAUGUCACACCAAUCCACAAGAAGGAAAGUGUAAACAAUACAGAGGUUUUGGUGUUGAUGGAUGCAGAUGGCAUGGGGCUUGAGGAUGAGACUGUGGAGACGGAUCUGGGAGAUGAUGAAUCAGAGCAUGAAGUGAUGAUGCCCACUAAGUGGGGUUUGGUGAUGGACCGCCUGGUGGUGCUCUUCCGGAAGUUCCUGGAGAUCUUGACCCAGGUGCAGGUCUUCCUCUGGAGGGUCCUGGAGCUGCACAUCCUCAAGAUUGUGGCCUUUUUCAUUGUCUGGGUGGCACUGGGAGAGCCCUCAGUGAUGAAUCUGGUGUUAGUGGUGAUGUGGGCAUUCUCCAUGCCAUACUCUCGUUUCCGCCACAUGGCCUCAUGUCUGUCCACCAUCUGGGUCUGCAUCAUCAUCGUCUGCAAGAUGCUCUAUCAGCUCAGCAUUGUCAACCCCAUCGAGUACUCUAAGAACUGCACUGUGCCUCUCACCAAUGAAACCAACCUGAGGGAGAGUGAAAUCCUUAAUUCCACACUGUACAAAGAACCAGUGGACCCAGCCAACUGGUUUGGGUUCCGGAAGGAUGCCACAGCUCUCGGAUACAGUAAGAACCACCUCCUGGUGCUCCUCCUGCUGGUGUUUGAGGCCACAGUGUACCGCCACCAAGUUCACCACUACAAGCAGCACCAGUGUUCCCCUCCUCCUAUCCCAGCCAUCUUCCCUGAUGCCUGCAGAGACAACCUGGACCAGGGAUUACUGGGCUGCAUCAAGUACCUACUCAACUACUUCUUCUACAAGUUUGGCCUGGAGAUCUGCUUCCUGAUGACAGUGAAUGUGAUUGGCCAGCGGAUGAACUUCCUAGUCAUUAUCCAUGGCUGUUGGCUAGUGGUUAUCCUGACACGCCGUCGCCGGGCUGCCAUCGCCAAGAUCUGGCCCAAAUACUGCCUGUUCCUGGUCAUCUUCAUGAUCUACCAGUAUAUCCUGUGUGUGGGGAUCCCUCCGGUCCUCUGUAAAGAUUACCCUUGGCGGUGGAACACACCUGUUACCAUCAACUCUGCCCUCAUCAAGUGGAUCUACCUGCCAGACUUUUACACCAUCCCAAACUCCAAAAACCUCAUUGCGGACUUCCUGCUUCUCAUGUGCGCUUCGCAGCAGUGGAUAGUCUUUGAACAUGAGAAGAAAGAGGAGUGGAUGGUGUUGGCUGGAGAAAACACUGAUGACCCCAACCCCAUGGAGGGUAGACCCAUCAACCCUGCACCAAACUUCAUCAACUGCAGGUGUUACCUGGACAUGGCUAAGGUAUUGGCCUUCCGCUACAUGUUCUGGUUUGUGUUGUCCGUGGUGUUUGUGACGGGAGCUACGCGUAUCAGCAUCUUUGGCCUGGGUUACCUGUUGGCUUGCUUCUACUUCCUGCUCUUCGGGACUCAAAUGCUGACCAGACCCUCCAAGAGCAGGCUGGUGCUCUGGGACUGCCUCAUCAUGUACAACGUGGGCGUCAUUAUCUCCAAGAACAUGCUGUCUAUCCUGGCCUGCGUGUUUGUUAAGCAGAUGCAAGCUAACUUCUGUUGGGUGAUCCAGCUUUUCAGUCUGGUGUGCACUGUCAAGGGCUACUAUGACCCCAAGGAUGUGAGUGAUAAGGAUUGUGUGCUGCCAGUGGAGGAGGCCGGGAUCAUCUGGGACAGCAUCUGUUUCUUUUUCCUACUGCUGCAGAGGAGAGUCUUCCUCAGCUUCUACUUCCUGCAUGUCAUGGCAGAUCUACAAGCCUCAGCUCGCCAGGCCUCCCGGGGUUUUGAACUAUUCAGAGCCAGUAUUGUGAAGAGCAUGAGAUUCCACCAACAGGCUGAGCAGAAGUCUCUCACACAGCUCAAGAGAUCAAUGGAACGCAUUCGAGCCAAACAGCAGAAAUACAAAGAAAGCCGUCGUGCCUCCAGCAGUAAGUGUGAGGAGUUCUCAGAAUCACAUGAAGACAAAAAGAGCUCCAAGCAAGAAAAGAUGUGGUGGCGUCCUUGGGUUGACCAUGCUACUGUGCUGCACUCAGGAGAGUAUUACCUGUUUGAGUCAGACAGUGAGGAAGAAGAUGAGCCACUGGCAGAGGACCAUAAACCCCCAAGACAAAGUGCCUCUCAGCUGGCAUACCAGGCCUGGGUGACUAAUGCCAAGGCAGCCCUGCGGGAGCGUCAGCAGCGCCAGAAGGAGCUGCAGCGGCUUGAGAGGGAGAGAAGCUUCCAGACGUCAGGUGAGGGAGAUGAAGUGGAGGACAUGGAGGAAGAGGAGGAGGCAAAGGAGGAAGAGAAUUCAGGGAGGAGUGACAUUGUACAGAGAAUCCUGGAUAUCCUGAAGUUCCUCUGGGUGCUCUUCCUGGCCAUGGUGGAUGGUGUGACUCAGUGGCUUAAUCUGCUGACCAAGCAGUAUGUGGACACCUCCACUGUGCUCUGUAAUCAGCGCUACUUCAUCACCCAUAACAUCAUCCAGGAGGACCUGGCGUCCCAAGGCAGUGAAAGCCCCACUGUGGAGACUUGUCUGGAUGAGCUGGACGCUGAGAACAUCAACACUAGCAGUGCAACCAGUGGAUUGGAGCUAGAGGAGCUGAUGGACACAGAGCAGACCACUCCUCAGACCAAUGACAACAGUAGCACUACUCUCUGUUCAGAACCUACCCUGGAGCUGGAACCAGAACCACAACCUCCAACCAGUCAGCGAUCACGACACACCAGGACUGCCAGUGAGAUACUAGCGGACAGGCAGUUCUUUGUGGAGGAGCUGGUCCAGAGCCAACAGUUCUACGCCUCUCAGAACCGGGCUCUUAAGCUACUGUUUGCUCUCUAUAACCUGCUGGCAGCCCACUCAGAGCUGGUGUGCUAUUUCAUCAUCGUGCUCAAUAAUGUGGUGACUGCCUCCGUCAUCUCCUUGGUCCUGCCCAUUCUCGUCUUCCUGUGGGCUAUGCUGGCAGUGCCUCGCCCCACCAAAAAGUUUUGGAUGACUGCUAUCGUCUACACUGAGGUAAUGGUUGUGGUAAAGUACAUGUUCCAGUUUGGGUUCUUCCCCUGGAACAGUGCGUUUGAAACCAAACUGAAUGAAGACAAGCCUUAUUUUCCACCUCGCAUCCUGGGCUUGGAGAAGACUGACAACUACAUCCGGUAUGACCUGCUGCAGCUGCUAGCCCUCUUCUUCCACCGUUCUCUGCUGCAGCGUUAUGGCCUAUGGGACGAGGAGGGUCCCAUAGAGGAGAAGAGCCAGCCAUCAGGGGGUAGCAUUGAGAAGGAGAAGCCUCACCUCAGCCCUAAUUCCAGCCUCACUGAACUGGACGACAUAAAGCCAGACCUGGAUGAGAAGACAGAGUCUGAGCAGGACCAAAAUAUUAUCCCUACACCAGAGGCCCCUACCCCUGCAGAGAAGCCUGAGAAGAAGAAGAGUGGUUUGCUCCGCUUCCGCAAAAAGAAGCAGAGGAGUGAAGAUGCCAAAGAAACCAAAGAGUCCAAGAAGAAAUUGAGGGCAAAACGCAGAGAGGCAGUGAGCAAGAAGCUGAAGGCAGCGGGGGAGAAACUGAAACUCCUCUUUGUCUCUAUUGUACGUAAGGUCUACAAACCGAUCUAUGGAUUCUUCUAUGACAUCCUACACGCAGAGUAUCGUGCAACAACGGACGUGUAUGCCCUGAUGUUCCUCACUGAUGUGGUGGAUUUCAUCAUUAUCGUUUUUGGAUUCUGGGCUUUUGGGAAACACUCUGCAGCUGCAGACAUCGCUUCCACACUGUCAGAGGACCAAGUGCCUGAGGCCUUCCUUGUGAUGCUGCUCAUUCAGUUCAGCACCAUGAUCAUUGACCGUGCCCUGUACCUGCGCAAGACUGUUCUGGGAAAGCUGAUCUUCCAGAUCAUCCUGGUCUUUGGCAUUCACAUCUGGAUGUUUUUCAUCUUGCCAGCAGUCACAGAGAGGAUGUUCAGUCAGAAUUCGGUGGCCCAACUCUGGUAUUUUGUCAAGUGUAUCUACUUCGCCCUCUCCGCCUAUCAGAUCCGUUGUGGCUACCCCACUCGCAUUCUCGGCAACUUCCUCACCAAGAAGUACAACCAUCUCAAUCUCUUCCUUUUUCAAGGGUUCCGAUUGGUCCCGUUUUUAGUGGAGCUUCGAGCAGUGAUGGACUGGGUCUGGACUGACACCACCCUAUCUCUCUCAAACUGGAUGUGUGUGGAGGACAUCUAUGCCAACAUCUUCAUCAUAAAGUGCAGCCGUGAGACAGAGAAGAAAUACCCCCAGCCAAAGGGACAGAAGAAGAAGAAGAUUGUGAAAUAUGGGAUGGGAGGGCUUAUCAUCUUCUUCCUGAUCUGCAUCAUCUGGUUUCCACUACUCUUCAUCUCAUUGGUCAGAUCUGUUGUGGGAGUUGUCAACCAUCCAGUGGAUGUUACCGUCACUGUCAAGCUAGGAGGUUAUGAGCCCCUGUUCACAAUGAGUGUACAGCAGCAGUCCAUCCAGCCCUUCACUGAGCAGGACUACACAGAUUUGACAAGCCAGUUUGGAAAAAAUGCUGUGGCCAUGCAGUUCAUCACCCUGUACAGCUACGAGGACAUUGUGACAGCCAAAAUCGAGGGCAGCUCAGGAUCUGUGUGGCGCAUCAGUCCUCCUAGCCGACAGGAAGUCAUUAAGGAGCUUCUGGGUAGCCCUGUGGACAUGACACUGCGCUUAUCCUGGAAUUUCCAGAGGGACCUGGGGAAAGGUGGCACAGUGGAACACACUUUUGACAAGCACUCUGUCAAUUUGGAGCCUGGCAACCCAGUCCGGGCAGACCUGGCCUCGCUGCUUGUGGGAAACCGCACAGAAGCAGUACGUGUGCCUCAUAUGUUCCCCAACUUCAUCCGGGCCCCAAAUGGUGCAGAGGCCAAACCGGUCAGUCAGCUGUAUGAAGGUGAUGAGGAUUACCAGGAUGUGACUCUGACGCUGAUGAAGGACCACUUGCAGAACGGCAGUGGGAUGCUGGAGUGGUGGGACAUCAGCAUCGCAGACUGUGCAGAGAACUGUGAUGUUCUCCCCAUGGUCAUCUUCAAUGAUAAAGUCAGCCCGCCCAGCCUGGGCUUCCUGGCAGGAUAUGGGAUCAUGGGCUUGUACGUGUCAGUGGUGCUGGUGAUCGGGAAGUUUGUUCGCGGGUUCUUCAGCGAGAUCUCCCACUCCAUCAUGUUUGAGGAGCUACCUUGUGUGGACCGAAUCCUCAAGCUCUGCACCGACAUCUUCCUGGUGCGGGAGACGGGCGAACUGGAGCUGGAGGAAGAGCUCUACUCUAAACUCAUCUUCCUCUACCGCUCUCCAGAGACCAUGAUCAAGUGGACUCGGGAAAAAGACUAAGCAGCUCAGUUCAGGGCCCCUCUCUCAGUUCAAGGUCCCUCUGCUGUGUGCAGUAAUCUGAACCUCCUGCCACUGACAUCUUGCUCCAGUGAGUUGAAGCCCUUUGGCAAGAAACACUGACAAGGAAUGGGACUUGUUGUCUGUAUAUGUACAAACGCAGUCCUGGUGGUUGCUCCUGUUGGUGCCACUGCACUGGACUGACCGGUGGUGAAUCACAGCUGCUGACAGUUUGCUUGAUUUCUCAAGGCAAGGCCUUGCUAGUUACCAUAACAACAGCCUGGUAUCUCUCUCUGUAACAUCAAGGCUGUGCAAACUUUUGGAGACUCCCAUCCCUUCUAACAAUCAUGUAGCACUAGGCCACA